AACAGAGACGUCGACAGAGAGAUGAUGAUCAAGAGAUUUGUUUAAAAAUGGGUCGUGUGAAACUCCUAAUUAAGAGAAUAGAAAACAAUACGAAUCGACAAGUCACCUUCUCCAAACGUAGAAAUGGACUCGUUAAAAAGGCUUACGAGCUUUCCAUUCUUUGUGACAUUGAUAUUGCUCUCAUUAUGUUCUCCCCCUCUGGCCGUCUCACUCACUUCUCUGGCAAGAGAAGAAUCGAGGAUGUGCUUACACGUUACAUAAAUAUGCCCGAUCAUGAUAGAGGAGGAGUUGUUCAGAACAGAGAGUUUUUACUCGGAACCCUAAAGAAACUCAAGACCGAAAAUGGCAUAGCCCUUCAACUUGCCAAUCCUGCGGAAAAUGAUUCUAAUCAUGUUGAGGAACUCCGAAAAGAAAUUAGCAAUUUGCAACAUCAGCUUCACACGGCCGAGCAACAGUUAAGGAUUUUUGAGCCGGACCUUAUGUUGCCGAAAUCGAUGGAGGAACUCGAGUCGUGUGAGAAUAACCUUUUGGAGGCCUUGAGGCGUGUCAAGCAAAGAAAGGAAGAUCUUAUAAUUAGUAACCAUUUAUCUACGUAUCAAUACCCAUCCAGUGUGCAGCAGAUGUACUUGGACACGAAAGAUGGGGUACUACCGACGUCUUUUGAAAAUGAGGCUGUAAACUGGUUGCCAGAGAAUAAUGGACACAACCCGACCCAAAUUUGCUUAGGAUCUGAAUCAUCUUGUAUCCCUCUCCGGAACCAAUCCUCGACGGAGAUUUAUAAUCAGGUCGACGUGUGUAAUUCCACAAAUAUAAAGAUGGAGGCAUGCAAUUACGUGCAGGGAGCAGCUGGGUGCCACAUCGGCAAUAUCAAUCCAGGUAGUGAUCAUGAUCAUGAUGAUCAUGUUGAUGGCUUACCGUCUUGGCAUCAUUCCUUCACUGCAAGCGAGCUCCUCUCUGCCUUGAUGCCCCAAACAUCCUUCCAGCUUCCUCCCAUGAUGAAGGAAAUAGCAGGAACAAGCCUUUCAUCAAUGAUGUCGCAGCAACAGGCCGUAGAGAUUGCAUCAAACUGCCCACCGAUAUUGCAAUCCAGCGAUGAAGAUAAUGCAAACUAUGACAUGAACACGCUGCAUGCCUUGGAUUAAUUAUCAUGUAGAUCGAUCGGUGACAACAAUGAAUUAAUAUUCUUGAGUAGUACUAAUACUACUAUUUAUAUAUAGUACUGUUGUUAUUAGUUGUG